GGUAACGUACCUGCACCGGGAUCACCCUGGCCUUUGCCACAGGGUAACGUACCUGCACCGGGAUCACCCUGGCCUUUGCCACAGGUGAGUUUAGAGUUAAGUAAAUUUGUAUUGCCUCAGCAAUGGAACCGAACCAACGAUGUCCUCACAUUAGAUCCGAAAGGGUUUCGCUUCGACACAGACAUGACUUCAUGCGAUGUGUUGGUGAACGCAAUGAAGAGAUACAGAGACUUAAUAUUUAUCGAUCAAAGAAGUGUGAAGUCAUCGCAACAAACUGUCUUAAAAUCAGUGCUCAUUGAAGUGAAAAACAUAAAUGAAUGCAAUUUCCCGAAACACAACGACGACGAGUCCUAUACUAUAAACAUAACGAUCAGCUCUUCAGCGAAGAUCACAUCCCAAACAGUUUGGGGCGCUCUCAGGGCUUUGGAGACAUUCAGUCAAUUAGUUUAUCAAAACGAUAUAACAAAAGAUAUUUUAAUCAAUGCCACAUAUAUUAAUGACUUCCCGCGAUAUAAGUUCCGGGCCAUGCAUAUGGACACAGCCAGACAUUUCGUGCCCAAGAAAGUCAUUUUAGCCAAUUUGGAUGCUAUGGCUUAUAACAAGUUCAAUGUAUUUCACUGGCAUAUCAUCGAUGACCAGUCCUUCCCAUUUGAAAGCAAACGAUACCCUGAACUGACCAAAAAGGGCGCGUAUUCACCGAAACACGUCUACACACAGAAUGACGUGAACGAUGUCAUUGAGUACUCGAGAAUGAGAGGAAUCAGAGUUAUACCAGAGAUUGAUUCACCCGGUCACACUCACGCUAUGGCCAGAGCAUUUCCCGAACUCUUGACACCAUGUUAUGGCAAAAAGGAUGUGCCCUAUACUCCAGAUUAUCCCCGUUUCUCGGCCUCAGAGCUCUUAAAUCCACUAAAAAAUCAAACAUUUGUUUUCUUGAAAGAACUUUUCAAAGAGUUUCGUCAAGUAUUUAAAGACGAUUUCGUUCACUUGGGAAUGGAUGAAGUAAACUACGGCUGUUGGGAAUCCAAUCCAAAUAUAGCAAAGUUUAUGAAAGACCAACACAUGACUCAAGUGCAUGAAGUGGAGGAAUAUUACGUGAAGAAGACAUUGGAGAAUGUUAAGGAUGUCGGCUAUAAUACGAUGCUCUGGCAGGACCCGGUCGAUAACGGUGUCAAACUCGACAAAGAGUCAAUUGUAGUGAUAUGGAAAGACACCAAUCUUGACCCUGCUUUAGACCUGUGGCAAAAUUAUAUCGCUAAAAUUGCUAAAAAUGGCUACCAAAUGGUGUUGUCCGCUUGUUGGUAUCUUAAUUAUAUCCAAGAAGUGGAGGAAUAUUACGUGAAGAAGACAUUGGAGAAUGUUAAGGAUGUCGGCUAUAAUACGAUGCUCUGGCAGGACCCGGUCGAUAACGGUGUCAAACUCGACAAAGAGUCAAUUGUAGUGAUAUGGAAAGACACCAAUCUUGACCCUGCUUUAGACCUGUGGCAAAAUUAUAUUGCUAAAAUUGCUAAAAAUGGCUACCAAAUGGUGUUGUCCGCUUGUUGGUAUCUUAAUUAUAUCCAAACUCCAUAUCCUGAUAAAGAUUGGGAAAAAUAUUAUUUGUGUGAUCCAAGACAUUUUAAUGGCACUGAAAGUGAAAAAGAUUUAGUGAUUGGAGGGGAAGUGUGUAUGUGGUCUGAGUUCGUUGACGGCACUAAUAUAUUGUCCCUUAAUUGUAUUUUAACGACCAAAAGGCCGAGAGCUUCGAGUGCUGCCGAAAGGCUGUGGAGUAACAGCAAUGACACGCAGGACGUGGACACCGCCCGACUCCGACUCGAUCAGCACCGGUGCCGACUCCUCAGGAGAGGAAUACCUGCCGCACCUAUACUUAAUGGAUACUGUGGUGACUAUGAAUGGGAAAUGAAUAAUCAAGAAAAGUUGAUUGAUUUGGGCGAUAGGAGAUGGCAAUCAGAUAAUAUGCUAAUGUUUUCACUCCAUAAUAUUGUCACUUCAAGCAAAUUAAGUGCAUUUGAUGUGAUCCUCAGGAGAGGAAUACCUGCCGCACCUAUACUUAAUGGAUACUGUGGUGACUAUGAAUGGGAAAUGAAUAAUCAAGAAAAGUUGAUUGAUUUGGGCGAUAGGUUGUGCUCCUUUUCGACACUUCAAUACUUUUCAAACUACAAAAUAACAAAACGAAAUCUAAUUCGUGCUUCACUUUACAUAUGCUUUUUCAUCAUAUGUUUGCUAUACUCUCCGGUGUUUGGCCUCUUCGGCACCAAGACUCACAUCCACGUCCAUAGAGACAGAGAUAGGGAUAGACUUAGAGACCGAUUCUUUAGGAGCAGAGAUCAAAGACUUUAUGAUGCGAGAGAUGAUGACAGGUGUUGCUGCAAAUGCUGUCACGAUGACAGACACCACAAUCGCUUCAAAAGACUGUCUAUUCUUAUCCCAAAACUCAUCCAACGGCUCAUUCCAUGA